UAUCAGAUUCUCUUGUCAACAACAACAGGCUGCCCCAUUGGGAAAUAAUAUGGAUGAAACUGUAUAUGCCAAUAUAUUGUGUGGUCAUUUAAAAAAAAGUUGGAAAAAAUGAUAAGUUAUUAACCAUUUAUAUUUGGAUUUGAAAUUUAGGAAGAAGCUGCCUUGAAGUUCUGUAGAAACAAUUACCAGUCACCAUGACGACGACCUUCAAUCAUGACACAAGUGCUAACUAUGAUGUGAACAGACCUAAAAACAAUUCUAACUCCCAAGACGAGAGUAGCGUACAACUCAUCUCCUAUACAACAAAACCCAACAAAUCACCAGUUACAAAGAGAAAUGGGGCGGUUAAUUCAGAAUAUGGAAGUCCUGCUGAGAAGGAAAGGUUUAUUUCAAUGAACUCAACCCCAGUGAAGCUGGAUCCCGGCUUAGAUUCUCUUGACAGAACUGUAGAAUUUACAAAUAUUGAGAAACAGCCAUUAGACCAGCCACCCCAUGACAGGUACAGAAUGGUGUUCUUUAUUUUCCUCAUCCAUGGAAUUGGUAUACUCAUGCCCUGGAACAUGUUUAUUACAGCAAAAAAGUAUUUUGAGGAUUACAAGUUAAAUACACCAACAAGUCAGGAUGCUACAUAUCGUUCAGAGUUUAUGUUCUACUUGGGUAUCGUCUCCCAGGUCUCCAAUGCUGUUAUCAGUUGUGUUAACACAUUCUUCCAGUUUGGAGGUCAAGCCUCAACUAGAAGAAUUGCCAUUGCUUUGUUUAUGAUGGUUGUCAUCUUUAUAGUUACUGUGAUUCUUGCCAUGAUUGACACUUCCAACAUACCACUGAUGUUCUUUGUUCUCACCAUGGUUUCAGCCUCGCUAUUGAAUUGUUGUGCUGGUGUAUAUCAGAAUAGUACAUUUGGACUGGCGGCUAUUUUACCCAUGAAAUACACCAAUGCUAUUGUGUUGGGAACGAAUCUCAGUGGCGUGUUCACGUCUGUGAUUAGCGUCAUAUCCAUAGCAGCUGCUCCUAAUCCACGUACAUCAGCUGUGUAUUAUUUUAUUGUUGCCAUUGUUGUCCUGUUAUUGGCAUUUGACUGUUACUUUUUACUCCCUCUCACUAAAUAUUACCAGUAUUACCAGAAAUCAGUACAUGGCUCGCAACCUGUAGAGGAGAAGAAGAUGGCUUGUGGAGAUUAUCUUCGAGCUUUCAUAGAUUCUUGUAAAACUUACUGGGUUGUUAUAAAGAAGAUCAAACUUCAGCUAUUUGGUGUGUGGUGCACGUUUUGCGUGUCACUUAUCUUGUUUCCGGCCAUACAGAGUAACGUGUUGAUGGUGAGGGAAACAUUUGCAAAUGAAAAUGGAACAGAAACUUUGAGAACUGUUACAUUCAGUGAAGACUUUGAAAAGAAAGGGUAUUGGACUACAAUCUUCACAUUUCUCAGCUUUAACCUGUUUGCAUUCCUCGGAAAUCUUACAUCAGAAUGGAUCAAAUGGCCUGGUCCUAGACGUGUAUGGAUCCCAAUUGUAUUGCGAGCAGUGAUCUUGAUUCCGAUAUAUGUGUUCUGUAACUACCAGCCAUUUGGCGUUGCACGCAGGUUUCCUGUGUAUAUUCCCAAUGAUGUAGUGUUUAUACUGGCAGGAAUAAUCAUGGCGUUCACCAGUGGCUACUAUAGUAGUCUUACCAUGAUGUACGGACCAAAAGAAGUGGAACCUGCUAUGAUGGGUAGAGCAGGUAUGAUGAUGGCGUUCUUCCUUGUUCUUGGAAUUACUUCUGGAGUGAACUUAUCCUUAGUACUGCAGAGACUGGUAACUACCCAAAUAGAAGCAUGAUAGAAACAACAACACAGUCAUAUGAUCAAAGGAGUUGAAGAACUGCUAACAACAAAAUCUAGAUUUUAAUUACAAAAUGUUGCAUUCCAGGUCUUUCAGGUACAGUUUUGAGAAUAUGGCAAAUCCCUUAUAGUCAGGCAAGGAAUUGAUUGUUAAAUAAGUACAUGUAUAGAAAAUACAGAUAUAAUUUGCUGUUUCUCCUAUAUGCCUGACUUUGCCAUAAGUUAAUCUAGAACAUCACUGUGUUAGCAUUUUGUGAUUGGGAAGUCCAAUUAAGACUUCAGUGGAUGGUUAGAUAAUUAUGCCACCUUUGAAGAAAGUGGGUAUAUUGUUUUGCUCAUGUUGGUUGAUAGGACAGUUAUUUGCUCGGUCAUUUUGUAGACCAUUUCUUUUGGUUGCCUAUCUAGAAAUACUUGGAUGUAUGGUAGUCAAAAUUCAGUGUGUCUGUGGUCAGUAGACAUCAAAGGGUAAUGUUACUGUGACAUUGAGACAGAAACUAGAGAACACUGGACCACAACUUGAUCGGAUUAUUGUCUAUGGUCAAUUAAUGACCCCUGUUGCUUUAAGGGCCCUUUGGUCAAAGGUAAAGAUUACUGUGGUGCUAGGAAUGUUUUUCUAUAACAAACUAGAGAAUGUGUAGAUGUACAGCAGUCAAACUUCAUAGAAUACACCCAGUGAUCAUAAGAUGACCUUCAUUGACUCCGGGGUCAAAGGUAAAGUUAAAAAAACAUACCUGAGACUGAAAAUGAAACGACCAUUGACAGGCUAUCAUUUGACAUAUGUAAUUAACAAACAGGUCAUCUUUUAACCUUUACUCUGCUAAAUUUCUAAAAUGAACUGGUCCAUCAUUCAACUUGGGCUGUACCAUUUACUAUUUAAAGGGGUGUUCACUAAAAAUUUACUGACUGAAUAGAGAACAGUGCAGGCUGAUUAUGGUCUGCACUGGUCAAAAUUGCAGAAUCACUUGCCGCCAGCAGGCUAAAGGUUUAAGGUAUAUCUCACUGCCGAUACAAAUCAGUUUUGUUUUAUAAAUGAUGAUCCACUGUCUUUAGUUUGCUGUACUUUAUUCAGUAAUAAUUGUUGAAAGUUGGCAGGGAUGUUUAAUGACAUUAAGUUUUUUGUUUAAAGUCCUAGAUAUCUCGCAUUCUAUUACAAGUCAUAGUGCCAUGUAUUAUUGGAGGCAUAAACACUGUAUAGUAUUGAUGUCAAACUGUCAUGUAUUAAUAUUACUGUUUUAUUGAAACCAUCCUCAUUCUUGAAGACCUAUUAUUGAAACAUUCCCAAAACCAUGAUAGGUUUUUGUAAAGAACUGGGGGAAUUAAUAAAACAGCUAACCAGUUCACAUUUCAUAACUGUUCUACUGGUAAACUGUGGUUAUGUUUUAAACUUGUUCAGUUAUAGAUCUUACUAUGUGUGUUUUGAGUUGUUCAUGUUUUUGUUAAUGACCAAUGCAAUGUUAGUGUUUACUAAGUGAUCAGUAUACUUUGUUGUUGUUGUAGCUGCUGAUAAAAUGUUAAAGGUAUUUGAAAGCAUUUACAGUGUCAGGUUCAUUUACUGUAAGAUAUUUGAUUCUUGUUUUGUAAUGUCUUUGUUACCUCCCCUGAUUUGAGUUUUCAUUUUAUACUUCAAAGACCAUUGUCCGUGUAUAACAUUGCAGCUGUGGUAGAUUUGUUCUCAGAUACAUGCUUUGUCUCGUAUAAUAAAUACAUUGACUACCAGUGACAUAUUUUGUACGAAGUAUCUUAUUGUUUCCAAAAAAUAUUUGAUUACCUUUAUGAAAAUUGUGUUUUAAAUAUACUUGUCAAGGUAGUACCAGCCAUUGAUAUGUCAUAAAUGAUUUACAUUCAAAAUAAUUGCAUAAUUUGUAAACUGAAAAUUGAAUUGCUGAAGUAUUUUUUUUUAAAAAGAUGUUUUAAUUUAGUUACAAGAUUAAAAUUUUCCAUCACAAGAAAGUAUCUUACACACAUAAUAAUAACAGACAGUGUGACAGAACCUUUGUUUGAGGGAAGCGGUGGUCUAAUGGUUAAGGUGUCGGCCACGUAACCCAGAGGUUGUGAAUUUGAACCCUACGUGGGUCAAGAUCACGCCUUUUCAUCAGACACUAGUACUGGUUUUUGCAGGUUUUGGACUCAAGAGUGGUUCAAAUAAGCUUGAAGCUUUCAUCACAAUCAAACUAAAAUAAAUUAGUAUAAACUAAAACCUAUGUGAUAGCAGUCGAAGCAUGCAUUAAAUGGCGAAAUGUAUAAGUCAUCUCUGGGAAGCUUGUCCGCGUUGUUUUUAACAGUUUGAUAUGCAUGCUUUGAGCGACAAUGGUCCAACAAAGCUUAAAUAUUAAAUAAAAUGUUAUUUCAGGGGAGAUUAUGAAACACAUUGCACAGUCAUUAAAAAUACAGUGUACCUGAAAAUCUGUGUUAGUCAAGUUUUAGUGUUGCAACUUUGUUGAAAUUUUAAUGAAUUAUACCUUUUGACCUUCAGCAGGGGUUAAGUAGUGACUCAGUGAUUAUCAAGUCUACAGUUUUUAAAGUGUACUUUGAAACUGGUACUAAAGUACAAGCAAUGGGAAGCUUUAUCGAACUUUUUAUGUUCUUGUUUUUGUUAUUUGUUUCUCAUGCUAUUGAGUGCUGUAGCUUUAUAAAUGAUAUAAUUUUAUAGAACAUGUGCUUAAGAAAGUUUAGAACUAUUUUAUAGUAUUAUUUUAAGGACUCAAAUUUUUAUCUAUAUUUAUAAAGUCCAUGACUACUAGGUGCUGAUCUGAAGUACUCGCAUUUUGAUGUAACAAGUACAUCAACAAGUUAUGAAUUCUUACUUAAGUAUAUAUUAACAUAACAUUUGAAUUGGAAAUGAAAGUUUUCAUUUGAUAGCUAGUCUGAUACAUAAUAUCUUUUUAUCAUUUGUAAACAGCUGACCAUGUCAAAAGUCAUAGCUAAUACAUGAAUGUGUAGAUAUAUUUAUGCUUGUUGUCUGUUUUACAUUAUUAUUACAUGCCAUAUUGAAAGCUCACAGUUUGGUUUUACCAUUCUAUGUACAUUUUAGCUCAUCUGUUAAAAGAAUAUUGAAAGCUAUUCUACUCAUCUGGGUGUCACUUUCCCACCCAGCCUAAGUUUUGUUUGCAAGGCCAUACCCCAGUUACUGCUACAUGUAUUGGAUUGAAACAUGCACAAGGUUUCCCAGUUACCAAGGUUUCCCAGUUACCAAGGUUUUCCAGUUACCAAGGUUUCCCAGUUACCAAGGUUUCCCAGUUACCAAGGUUUUCCAGUUACCAAGGCUUCUGAACUUAUCAAAUUAGAUAAGACUUGGUUGACUUUGAUAUAAAUUACAGCUUCCUUUUUUUUCAAUUCAGUGCAAUCCACAUAUACAUCUGAAGGAUUUGUAUCUAUGUCAUUAUGGUAAUUUUCUUUGGAAUAGUCGAGCACACUGUCUUACAAAUAGUUCUUUAUGAGAAAAAAAUCUUUAGGGGCCUUUUCCUUGGAGUAAUGGGACUACAUAUCUUGGGCCACAUUCCUAAUACUAUAAAAAUUAUUGGGUUUUUGUGUGUUUUUUCCCUCAACUGAUUUGAAACAAAAAAGCUAAUAUGUAUAUUAUGCUGCAAGUUUGCUUAGUCAAUAAAAAACCUACAAAAAGUAAUAUAUGUGACACAGCCAGGUGUAGUUCUGUAUUGUAAAUAUAUUUUUUUGCUUCAUCAUUUUUGUCUUGCAUAGAACAUACAUUUUUCAUGAGUUGUAUGAUAUAUAUUUAUAUGUUUUUGAGCUUCAGUAUACAUUUUAUUUCAUCUUGGUUCCAAAGUUAUAAAAAUGAAUUUGGUGUCCAGUCUAUAGGUGCAGCCUUGCUAUUGGUCAAUUUCAUUCAGAAACAACCAGUGAUCCGAGACUGGUCUGAAAGCUUAGCAUUAUAUAUUAGGACCUAGAUUGGCUUUAUGUCCUAGGACCUGACUUUACUUUAUAUCUUAGAACUUAGCUUAGCUUUAUAUCUUGUUUGAAAUUGUUUUAUAUGUUAUACAUGAUCUGAUAAAUUAUUGCAUGUGAUUAGGCGAAGAAUUCCACAUUUCAUUGUAAAUUUAUCAUUUGAUAAAUUUGUGUUUUUCAUUUCUCAUGUUUGUGUUAGGUGAAAAUUUGGUGAAUUUUAAGUUUUCAUAAUGUGCUGUGCUGAUAAAAAGUUCACUGCCUCUUCACAUUUUGAAACAGUAUGUUCUAACAGCGGCAUUUCCAACAUCCAUUUUUAGCUUUAUUUAAUUUUAAAACAUUUUUUUCCCAGCUUCUUAUAGAUAUAUAUAAUAAAAAUUGUGUUCUGUGUUAAAAUUGUGUUCUGUGUUAAGGUAUGUUCAAACAAUUGGAAGUAAUGUAUGAUUUGUGCAAAGGUGAUUUAUAUUUUAGAAAAAUAUAAGAAAGAAAAUGAAAUAGGUUAUUCCAAACACAUACUGGAUUCAUAUAUUUUAUGUGUAUGUACCUUCCCUGAAUAUAAGAAAGUAAUAGUUCUGUAUUAAAGUUAGAAAAAAAGGUUUACAUUUUAGCACUGUUCAGAAUUCGGGCAUUAACAAGAUCAUGGUGACUAUACCUUUUGUUUUUAUCGUGUAACCUUUUCAUUUUAUUAUGAAGACAACUGCCUAUUGAAUAAGUUAUCACAUAGGUAUUUUGAUGUUUUGUCUGAAUUACAGCAACCAUGUCAAGACUGUCUGUUGAUACUGGUAUGGAAGUACA